AUGGAAGAUGCGAGGCAGCGGAGGCCGGGCUCCGGCGCAUCGGCGGUGGGCGGUGGAGGCCGGGGUACGGCGCGCCGGUGGCGCCGGACGAGCUCGGUCGCCGGUCCAGCGAGGACAAGCGGCAGAGGAGGGCGGGGUCGGCCGCCAGAGGAGAGCGGGGCGGCGGAGGAAGGCGGCGCCGGACGAGCUCGGUCGCGCGCGGAUCUGAGGCCGCGGUGGUGGAGGAGCAGAGGCCGGGCCGGCGCCGCGCGUGGAUCCGGCGGCCCCGAGCUCGGCCGUGCGAGCAUCGGCGGCGGCCGGCGGCGGCGGGACGAGGCGAGCCAGCGGCGGCAGGACGAGGUGAGCCGGCGGCGGCUAGUGGGAGGCCUAGCGGCUGGCGGCCAGGAGGCGGAGGGGGGUGGCCAGGAGGCGGAGAAGGGGGUGGGGGGCGCCGGCCAGGAGGUGCAGGAGGGCGGCGGGCGAUUGGCGCCGGCCUGGAGGCAGAGGAGGGGACGACGGUCGGGCGGCGUCGGCCUGGAGGCGUCGGAGGAGGGGGCGGCGCCGGCCAGGAGCGGAGGCAUGGGCGUUGCGGGCGAGGUGCCGGGUGAAGAAGAUAAAGAUGAGAGGGGUUGGUGGAUGACAUGUGGGUCCCGGCUGGGACUAUUCUAA